AUGCUCUCCGAGCAAAAUAUACUUCCAUCUGAGGCAAUCCUCGAGAGAUAUGGCACUCGUCUAGCAGGCAAGACGAUUUUCAUCACCGGUGUCUCAAAGGACUCCAUCGCAGGCGAACUUGCACUGCAGCUGAGCAAUGUGAACCCUGCCUUGCUGAUCUUGUCUGCGAGGUCAGAGUCUCGUGUCGAGCCCAUCGUCGAGAAGAUCAUCCCAAUGUGGCUACUGGAUUCCUAA